AUGCGCGUGAUUCUACAGGUCGGCGAGUGCUGGGUGCCGCUGUCGGCGCUCGAGGCUGUCCUUAACUUGCACGCCAUCUGCGGCAGCACCUUUAAGGUCGCCUUCGGUAUCGAAGCCACCUACACCGGCGGCGGCGGCGGCAACAUCUGCUUCGACUAAAGCGCCCCGCUCAACGGCAAGAACUGGUUCAUGUCCUCGACUUUCACCUCCUCGUGCCCGGACGUCUGCACCACGUACUGCUGCUGCCAGCCGCCCACCCCGCCGAAGCCAC